CAAAAAGUAAACAACAGAAAACAGAACAUACAGAUUACAAUUCGUCGUAGCAAAUUUGUUUUUCGGCAUACAAUUAAAACAAAAUUAACAGAAUGUGCAUUAAAUUAGACACGAAGACAGCCAAUUGACUACGAAGCCCUUUGACGUUUGCGUGUGUGCGUUGAAUGCACCCCCGUAAAUCUGCACAAUGUUCAAGCUCGAGUCCUACAUUACGCCAAUUCUACUGAAUUACGUGGCGAAAUAUGUGAAAAAUAUUCGCGAUGAGGAUGCGCAGGUGUCGCUGUGGGAGGGCGAGGUGACCUUCCAGAAUCUGGACAUGCGGCUCGACGUUCUUGAGGAGGAACUAAAUCUUCCCGUUGAACUAGUGUCGGGCCACAUACACGAGCUGAGCAUACUGGUACCAUGGACUAAGUUGAUGUCCGAGCCCGUGAGCAUUGUAAUUAACACAAUUGAGUUUGUGGCUAAGCUACCCGACGAGGAUCGAAAGGAACGGCGUGCAAUGAACAUGCGUGAGCGACGGCGCCGAUCCAAGCGACUGUCCGAGCUUCCCGAAGAGCAGCAGGCUGGCGGUACUGGGUCGGGCGUGGUUAACAAGAUAAUUAACAACAUAACGCUACAGUGCAAUAACAUCAUACUGAAGUAUGUAGAGGACGACAUUGUGGUUUCAAUGAAUGUGCAAUGCCUUAGCUUUAAUUCCGCUGACGAAAACUGGAAUGCGGCCAUGGUGGAUGUAAACCCCCUAAAUGUAUUUAUCCGCAAGAUCUUAGAAAUAUCGGACUUGACCAUAUGUCUGGACAGACGAAAUACGGCUGGUCGUAUUGAGGUGUGCCAGGAGCCGGUGCUUUAUCGAUGUACCCUGCAGUGCCGCGUAUUACGCAAAUAUAACACCACCACUAUGAAUACAUCAAGCACCACGCGAAUUGGAGUAUUCACAAAGUCAUUGGACUUUAAUGUGUCGUCGCUUCAAUUCCCAAUGGUCGUGCGCCUGAUAAAAAUGUUGUUGGAACUGAAGCCGGCCGAUAUGGAAGACGACACGAUAAGUUUCGAUGAAAGAAACGAGCCGGCCGUGGAAGAAGUGCCCCAAGAAGAAGCUCAAAGACAAGGCAACAUGUUUAGUUGGGCGUGGAAUCUACUGCCAAGUUUCGAGGCACCUCCGCCACUUCCUAGCACGCAGGAGCAGUUUGGUCACGCAUUUGACAUUGGCAUCUAUGCAGAAGAGCUUAAUUUUCAGCUGAAAAACUCUGAAUACGUUACCGACCAGACCAUGGGCGGCAUUAAGCGCAUACGCUAUACGCCCAUAUUGCGAAUAAGUCUUGGUGGUAUCUACUACGAGCGCUCUCAGCUCAAAGAAACGGAUUGGACCAAUGUGAAGGCGGGCCUGUCGAGUGUUUGCAUGGAACCUCUGGGCGUGUAUCGUAGUGAGGAUCCCAAGGACCGGACGUUGGUCAACACGGCAGAGUUCCAAAAUGACCGCUCCUUUAUCGACAAAAGUCUCUUUGAUGAAAACUACAAAUUUUCGGAUAACACAUGGUGUACCACGAACUACGAUGAUUACUUUGCCCGCCAUACAGAUGAAUAUAUGCUAUUUCGCAGUCCUGUGCUCGCCUUUGACAUUGUCGAAUAUCGUGUGGCUUCAACAAACAAACAAUCCAGCUCGGCGAUUGGGCAACUGAAAGACUUCGGCUUGCGAGCCCAGUAUCGCUUGCUAUCUGCUGGCAUCACCUUUCAUUUCUCACAGUCGUUCCUUCAGGUUAAAAAUGUCAUUAGCGAUUUAUUACGACCUUACGAUUACCCAGGAUAUCAUGCAGAAAACGUAAGCGAUCAGGAAAAGGCGGAGACAGACCAUUCACAGCAAAUGCUAUCAAAUCCACUAACGUAUGCGGACAUGGAAAAAUUGAAGAGCUACCUACCGACCUGCAACUACCGAUUCGAGCUCCGCAACAUGACCGUGCAGUUCUAUCCGCGCCUACAGAUGGAUGACACGACUGGAGUGAAUCAAUAUCGCCUCUCGACUACAAUCAAGCAGUCACUGCUCCCCUAUCUUCAGUUGAAGUUGCCCCUCGCCGAGGGGACUCUGUGCGGUCCAGUGAAUGCACAGCGACUGGUGCAAAUGGUUCUACAGGUUCAGGACAGACCGCGUGAGUUAAUCGACACGUGCUACAACUACUUCAAGUUCAAUGUAAAAAAUCUAACAUUCCUGGUGCAAAACACCACGCCUGAAAGGGGCAAGGCAAAGUUGCUGAAUAUACCGCGCAUGCAAGUUAACUUCUACAAGUUGUUGCUGCCACACCUGUGGACACCAAAUGAGACGGCGCUGGAAAUCGCCGAGAUACAGUCCGAAAUUCUAAACAUAGAGUUCUCCAAGCGCGAGCUCAUUCUGGUCACGCGCCUGAUUCCACUCAUCCUCGGCUAUAAUAGUGCAGAGCUGACUGCAUUGGCAAAGUUGGUGGCGCAAGCCACAAUCUCCUCUGAUGUAAUCAAACUGCAGACGCUGGCAUCGAAGCUGAAACUAAACUACCGCAAGUAUAACACACAUUAUUCCGGGCUCCUAUCGUUACGGAGCAUAAACACGGACACCCAUCACACAAUGAUGAAUAUGCGUAAUGUGGUUCUGUCGACAACGAAAGGCAGUCAGAAAAAGUGGUUAGAGAUGCAGCUGCAAAUCCCGAUUGGUGAGCAAACGCUGCCAAUUGCUGAACAGCCGGCCACUGUGAUUGCCUUCUGGAUUGAACCGGUACGCCUAACAUUCGACAUUUAUCUGCUGCAGUUUCUGAACUUUCGUGAAAAAAGUGAAAAUUCGGUGGAAAAAGAAUUGGAUCCAGACUUGGAGUCAUUGUCGCAGUCGGAGCGCCUACCGUCGAUAUCGGCUCAGUCUAUUGUCACGACACUCACGCAAUCGCAACUGCCGUCAGGACAGUUUACUAGUCGGCGAACCAGUCGGAAUAGUCGCAAGGUUUCAGUCCCCGAGGAGACUGUACAUUUGAGUUCUGAGCGCGAUGAGAAGGUGUACUUUGAAGUCAAAACCGUUACGCCUCAAAAAGAGGUGGAGGCAGAUAAUUUUGAUAGUCGAAAACUGUUGUAUCGAUUGUGUACCAUGAUAAUACUGAUAGAAAUGGCUCAGGUGAGGAUUGAUGUCUGCGAGAUCAUGAAUCGAAAAUUAACGCAGGAAACUACUGUUGAAUACACGUCGAUUCGAUUGCCGCAAGUUAAAGUAAAGUCGCGUAACAGCGAAGCCAUUAGCCGCGCAAAUUUACGCACCGUCAUAAAAUUGGAUGCCAACGUGAGCACAUAUAACUGGAUCAUCGAGUUAACCAAUUUAAGCGUGCAUUACCGCAAGGGUCCUGUGUCCGAAGAGAUUCUGGCACCUGUCCGUACAACUAUAACAGUGGCUUUGUCUCGCAAGCUGCCCGAGAAGCAGAAUAUAGUUGAGCAACGAGACUUUCUGGAAGAAGAGAAUAAACCGUCCGAUAUUAAUAUAUUCAACCAAGUCGACUCUGCACCAAAGAAAGUGGACUGGUUAGAUGAUGAACACAAAAGACUGGACGAACAGGAAGAAAUUGAGCGACAAAUGAAGGGUGUUUACUCCUUCAAUGUGCAUAUAGACAUGUCGGCUAUCGGCAUCAUUUGCCAGAGGAUCAAAUUACUGCACGAACACUAUCAGAUACUCUCGAAUAUUUGUCAAUCAAUGCGUCUUAGGGAAGUUAACGAAACUGAGUCACGCACCGUAGAACCAAAGCUGGAAAUAUACACGGGUAGCGCCCAAAAUUAUCCAUCGAUCAAAGAGUUUCUGGAUUUAGACCCGAAUUUCGAGCCUCCAAACCGGGAAUAUGUACUGGAACCUGACGUUAUAGUGAAUAUUUUCUGCCAAUGGACGAUUCCACGCAUAACAUUCGUCCUGGAAAGCUAUGCGGACCACAAGCUGCGAAAGAUCGUGCUGAGUAUCGAGGAUUUGUUGCUCAAUGUUGACAAGCAUGCGGAUUUCACAAAAAUUACCACCAAAGUGGAGAACGUGAACCUCGACUAUUUUGAAGCAACGCUGCAAAGCGAGUGGAAGCAGAUGGACGGGUUGCGCAUAAAAAUGCUUGGGGAUAGCAGCAACAUGCCGCUGCUUAGCGUGGUUGUCACCACAGUAAACCUACAGGAUCUGUACACCAAGAUCGGCGCCCGCAAUCCACACAAUAAGAAGCACACAAUAUCCGAACUGCUCAUAGAAUUGCAGCCUAUCGAGAUCGUUGUGGAUUUGGAUCAAAUCACCGAAUUUUUAGUGCCGCUGUGCGAGGUGCUUGAAAUUAUGAGCAGCUAUAACGAAAAAAAGAUCGUGGCCCGCACCCCACCCCCUAGCAUCAAAACCGCCCAAGAUCUCCCGAUGGUGCAUUUGACGAGCAAGGGAAUCUAUGUAUACGUGCCGCUGCAGACCGAAAAAAAGUGUUGCAGUGUGCUGCUUCUGCGGAUCGAGAGCAUUAAUCUAACGCCGAACUUGGAGAAUCCUCUUGUGCGACAACCCAUACGCCAAGAUAUCUACCAUAAGGCCGCCGAGCUCAAUAUACUGGGAACGCCAGGCUCACUGGUCGAGGAUCGCCAGUACGAGCUAAGUAUACGAAAAAUUUCGCUGUCUUCUGGAAACUGGACGCAAACACAAAAGUACCGCAUGGAGGCUUUGGACAGCCCACAUACCAAUCCUGCUUUUGAGUGGAACAACCAGAAGCGCCGAACAGAAUUGGAGCACAUGGAUAUUUUCCAUGAUUUCGAUUUCAUCUCCAUCUAUGCACCGGCCAUUACAUAUGAGAAUUUACUUGUCUGCGGGCAGAAUGUGGAAUAUAACUGUGUAACCGAUUUUGUCGCGACAUUAUGCACGCACCAGAUUAACUUGAUAUCCUGCAUCCUUUUGCGACUACAGCGGCUUUCCAGCAUUGUAAAUCGUGUUUGUACAAGAGGUGAGCCCCGCAAUAUCCACACUCAAUUACCAGUUUAUGACAUGAGCAGUCGUUCAUGGGAUAGUUUAUCAGUUAAUACGGCACUAACGGCUCAAAACAGCACGGAAAGGAUUUCGGUGAGAUCUGAAAAUGUAAACAAAAUAAAGCGUGCUUCGCAAAAUCCUGGCGUACAGACGUAUCUCAGCUACAGAAAUAGUCGAGCACAUCGUCCCUCUUUCUUCGAUGCCAAGAGUUCUAGUGACACAUUCCUGGGGUCUUGCCAGAGUGAUUCGGGUAUUUACGUGAACAAAAUUGUUAUAACGCCUGAAACGUUGCGCUCUUCUGCUAGUGAAUCCCUACAACAGCAGCGAUCAUGGCAUCGUUAUCCGCAGACCGUGUCCUUUGUUGCCGGCAUAUUUGUAUUAAAAGUCUAUGAUGUGAUCGAGUUGCCUGAUAUACCGCAGCCGAUCCUAAAACCGCUCAUUCUUCUUACUGUAUCGCAGCCGAGCUUCAUGACCACGCAAAAUCUGCGUGAAUCCAUAACCCAAGCCUCGAUCUUCAAUUUUAAUGUGCAUGUGGCCUGUCCAGGUGAGCCGCCCCCUGGCACAAGCGACCCGCACCACAAACAAUUCAACGAGGUGAUCUUCGAUACGUUGCCGGGAAACACUGGCAGUUCAGGAAUUCCACCGCCCCUCUUGAUUAUAAAAUCGCAACUGGAUCGUGCGCAGCAGCUGGAAGUGGAUGUGGAGCUGCGUAAGCCUAUCGUGUUGCGUCUGUGCGAAAAUAGUAUCAAGCAAUUAGCCAGUGAUCUGAUUCGUAUAUAUUCCGUACUAAACGAAAGUCCAUGUUUUUCGGUGCGUAGUGAGUUACCCGUGGUGCGUACCACGCCGAUGCGCCAAUUAAAGCUGCAAUGCUACGACGCAGACCGACUGCACUUGGCCUGUGACCUGGUUACUAUAAAGUUCUACGAUAAGAUGCACUCCUAUACCUGCACUGCUGUUUGUAUGGACUUCAGUGCUCGCGUUAAGUUCAGUUCGCGACCCCAAAAAGCUGCGGUGAAAUCGGCGCUGGGGACUUUCUAUCUCCAGGCUGGCGAGAAAAUUCUACUGCAUCCAUUGUUAAUGCGUUUAUCCGCCGAUUUGCGCAGUGAACCCUGGUGCCCUGAUCAGUUGCUUAUUGGUGCCACCCUAAAAUUGAAUCUAUUGCAUAUAGAUGCUAGCAUACUUAACAUUCUGGAGCUGCGACAGGCGUACGCAGGCCUCACCAGGAUUAGGGAACACGUCGCCCUGGAGUGGCAGACAUUUUUGCAACAACGACCAAUGCUAGGCGAACCAACAAAUAUAGUUCCUGGCUCGGUGCUGCUGUACACGCCUACCUUCGACCGCAUUGUGCAUUCUAAGACGAGUCCGGAGCCAAAGACCGAAUUCUAUCAAGAUGAUCUCAGGGCGGGUGCUUUUCAAUUUGUCUACUUGAACACGGACGCGGUGUUGCCGAUGCCCUACCAAGUGCAAAUCAUUAAGAAGAAUUACGGGAUCAUAUGCUGGCGCUACCCUCAGCCUCGCCAGAUGAGUGGCAUACACAUUUAUCCAGUUCCCAUGCCCGUCAAUAAUCCCAUUCACAUAAAAUGCCGCAUGGAGUAUUUUAGCGAGACUCACGAAACCUUUUUACACUACUGCGAUUUUGAGCUCUCCGAAACAACAAGUAAAGAAAUACAGCCUCCCGAACGCCACAUUUGUGCAAACAUUUGGCGCGUGGUCAUCAUGCAGUCGCUCAUAUCGGUGGACGGAACAUGCUUUGAAACGGAUGAGGACGAAGACCUGCAAUCAAUUGAUAGCAGCAGGAUACAGCAAGACUUCAAAGGCGACGCAGAUAACGAUUUCAUUCUCCACCCCAAAGUCCUAGUUGGCUGCAUGCGCAUCGAUACAACAUUCAAUGCACAAUUUGUGCCCAAGGUUCAGCUCUUAUUGAGCUGUAAAAAUAUCGAACUUAAUUUCCUCAACCAGCCGGAUGCAUACAACGAGCUGCCCCCGCUGUUAAAGAAGUACAACCUUAAGCGAACCACCACAAUAAGCCAAACAUUCGCGACAUUGGAUGUCCAGGACUUACAUCUGUAUGCAGUCAUCCAUCAGUAUAACGACUUUAGUGUGGAAACGGACUUCCGAAGUCGAGUUAAGUGCCUGGACUAUGGAUUUAUUAAUAUGAUCGAUAUUGUGGAGCCGAUAUCAUUCCAAAGUUAUUUCCGAUUCAACGGUGGGCAACGUUUGCUGCUCGCCAACUUUUUAAUCGACAAGCUUCGUCUUAAUUGCGGCCCCUGCGUCAUCCACACGCUGCUCUCGUCUAAACAGCAUUGGCAGGAGCUGCUGGAGCAGCGCUCCGCCUUGCACACCCUUAUGCCUAAAUGUGUUGUGGUUAAUCGCAUGCACGCGCGUUUUAGCUUUGGUCAAACGGACACGGGAGAACGCAUUUUCGUAGAGCCCCAUGAGCUCCAGCUGUAUCACUUUCGCAGCGACUAUCAUAGUCAGGAGUUGACCUUCUUUAUUGAAAAUCCAACAACUCAGCAAAUCGAGUCAAGCGAUUCUGUGCACAUUGCCCUCAAAUUUGACGAUGAACACACAGUGAAACAUUUGCGCGUGGGCAAGCGCUGUAUAACUAUAAAAGUUGGCAAACUAUCAGCCACUCAGGUGUACAUACUUGUCAAAGGCCAGAUAGAACUAAUGAGCAUGGUGCCGUAUGAGCUUAUUGCCGAAUUUCGGCGCGAGGGCAAGAACUACGAUGAACAAAAUCUGUUGGAACAUGUGCUGGUUGCAAAAGGACGUGCAUCCUUCUAUCACACGGUAGUGCGCAACGCUGACAUAAAUAUGCGUCUUAAGCUAAGCAUGGGCCGUGGAAAAGGACGCACCGGGGACAUCCCACUCAAGCCCAACAAUAGUCUGCCAUGGUUGGUAAAGGUGCCAACUCAGUCGCCUCAGCAGUUCAUCAGCUUGUGGAUACGAAUUUUGCGUGAAGACAUUGUGCUGGAUAAUGUGGGGGAUGACUUUUAUCCACAGAAGAUUCUAGUUAGCAUAUGGCCUAUAUUCGAAAUCUGUAAUAUGCUAAGCUGCGAUCUGAUGGCCACGGAAAGCAGCACAGAAGAGCGAUUCAAAAUAGCAAGCGAGGGCGGACGAAUGCCCCUCAACACACCUACCACUCACGUCACGGAACAUAAGGUUUCUUUCGAAAUUCCAGCUGAGCUCGGAUCUGCCUCCCAAAGCGAUUACACCUUUAUGCUAAAGGCCAUGGACUGGCAAAAGUUCUUCCACUACGAUCAUGACGAGUGGACUAUUGAAACAACGCUGCAAAAUCUGCGAAAAGCUCUAAAGCCAAAGUGGCCGAUGAAUGAUCAGGAAGAGUUACGCGUCCGACGCUGCACAAUGCAACAGAAUACUUUCGAUAUCAUCUAUAAGGCGCAGGCCACGCGAGAGUUCUCCUGCACCUUAGGACUGAGUGUUGCCGCAUGGGGUAUGUUUAUUAAUGCCACAGGGCUUGAGGUCAGUAUAUUUCAGGCCAAGACGCGGUCACGGUGCUCCCUGAAGGCUAACUGCCUUGAAAUGAUGCCGAUGCUAACUGGCCUGUUCAGCGUAGAUAUACCCUACGGGACUAGCUGGAUAGCCUCGAACUCUGUGUGCUUGGACGAGCUCACAGACACGGUCGGUAACUCUCGCUACACUGUCCUGCGUGCCAACUCCUUCAUUGAUAUUGUGGUGGUUCGAAACGAGGAUGUUCUAAGAUUUUUGCUUGAGUAUAAGAUCGAAGAUGGAUGCCGUGUGUUCAAACUGCGGCCCAAGUUUGUUGUGACAAACUUCACGAAUGUGGUACUUCACGCACUGCCACUGACUAUGGAUCACAAGGAAACGUCAAGUCGCGAGGAUGUGCAUGCGUUGGAUAUGGCCAAAAAGAACCGCAACCUUAUCUCAGUAGAAAAGUCGCAACAAUGCAUUGGCAUGACAAUGGAUGUAUUUUAUGAUCUGAAUGCCCGAAAAGCAAAGCAUACAAGUGACACGGCUUUUGUAUACUUCGUCUGUUUUGCCGUCGCUGGCAACUGGGAUAUAUCUAUACCUAUACCAUUGGCUAUACCAUUUGCGCGUCGCUGCUUCAGCCUACAGGAUGGCAAGGAAUCCAUACCAUUGGUGGUGACGCUGAUCGAGAAGGACAAUGUCUACUACUUAAACGUUUUUCGUGAUACGGCGCCCGCUAUUAUCAUUUCAAAUCAUACGAAUGUCAAAUUUAUUGUCGCCCAGACGACCGCCUCGGGAAAUAGUAAUGUGACCAGCACAAAUGCGGAGUUUGCGGGCAAGCACUUUGAGUGGAACCAACUGGUGUCGCCGCGCAGCAAAUGUUAUUACACACCACCACAAAUGUAUUCCAAUUUUCCGGACGUCGAGUUCACCAUCUGCAAUCUAUCUCUUGCAGUUUACAAUGAAAAAGGAGCAGGGGGCAAAAAGAAGAUAGGCUGGUCAAAGCCUAUACGCACCGACAAGUCGUGGAAGAAGUUCCUGCACGUGCCAAACCACGGCGAUGUUAAAGUCGUUGUCUGUGAUAAGCAUCGCGUAAUACGCGUGACUAUUUACUACAUAUCAGAGCAAAUGGAGUUUUCCGUUAAGGAUCUGCGGUCCAGACUGAAUCAGUCCGAUGCGGUACGGGCGACGAUGCCGGAGCAGCUGACUGAAAAAUCGGCCCAUAAUUCUCCGACCAAACCCGCCUCACCGACUCCCACCAAGGAGCAAAUCACUUGCGCCCACUUCGACGAUUCAUGCGAAAUAAAGCAUCGAAUGAAGAUACGGCUGUUUAUUAAAAAGUUUGUCUUUAGCCUGCAAACAGACGGCCGUGAGCGCGAUUACCUUAAGACAGAAGUGUGCAAUGUCUACACAGACGACAUGAUGGUUGCCUACAACGAUGAUGACGAUGAGCGAGUGCUGCGCCUCCAGAUACCCAAUCUGCAGGUGGACAAUCAGUUGUACUCCAACGGGAAAUUUGAUUUUCCGGUGCUGCUGUGCUCAGAGCAAAUGUAUAGACGCAGCACCUGUUUGCCACCAGUAUAUGAUUUGGACGCUAUCUAUCAUCAGCAGACCGAGCGCGGACCCAUUGCGCUGUUCACGUUCAUUUUCUAUCAGGACGAGUUGCAGUUAAACGCCGUGUGCUGUAAUUUCCACCCGUUUCGCGUGUAUAUUGAAGAUGCCUACUUGAAUCAGUUAUUGGAAACAUUGGUAGAAUGUGAGCCAUCGAAUUGCGUGCACACCCCAAGUGUGGAGCGCGACCGCAUCCAACUCUCUGAAGGUCAGACAUUGCUACCUUUAGAGGUGGUUGCCCAGGCGCGGUACAUAGCCGAACCCUUGCGCCUUAACAACUUUUGUGUGGAACCUUUAAGCCUAUUGCUUUCGGUGCAUACUUCGUCGCGACUGUAUAUUGCGCUGGACCACUCCCCACUCUCGUUUUCACGCUAUGAGCGUCAGCAGAUACUCACAGUGCCGCUGCGCUUUGGUCAAUCGCUUGGGUUGCAUUACCUGUCGGGUGCAAUUUUCGGUGCGGGCUGGGUUGUGGGCUCGCUGGAGAUUCUCGGUAGUCCCAGCGGACUCGCUCGCUCCUUCACCACGGGCCUACGCGACUUCGUCUCCAUGCCAGUACAGGGCCUGUUUCGCGGACCGUGGGGCUUCUUUGUGGGUAUCACCCAGGGAUCCGCUUCGCUGCUACGCAAUGUUACAGCUGGCACUGUCAAUUCGGUGACCAAACUUGCUGGAUCAGUGGCGCGAAACUUGGACCGCCUUACGCUAGACGCUGAGCAUAUUGAGUUGACGGAGGCACGUCGACGUGCGCGGCCGCAGGGCUUUGCUGAUGGUCUCACACAAGGCAUGACCGGCCUGGGCAUCAGUUUACUUGGAGCUGUGGGUGGCUUGGCGCAUCACACUCUCGAGGCACGCUCCUCGGUGGGUGUUAUCGCCGGCUUAACUAAAGGCAUUGUAGGUGCGCUGACUAAACCAAUUAGCGGUGCGGCAGAAAUGCUGGCGCUAACCGGGCAGGGAGUACUGCAUACAGUGGGAUUCAACACUAUGCCGCAGCAGGUGGAGCCCAGCGUGACACGCAAUGUAGCUCUACAUCGUGGCUCGUACUGCAUCUGGCGCUUUUUGCCGGAAGAGCUAAGUCGCGAUCAAAUACUGUUUUUCUAUGAGAUCACUCUCCUGGUUCACGACCAAUUGCGCCCGGCAUUGCUAUUUUUGACCUCAUCGGUACUAGCCAUUAUGGAGGCGGGUAACGAUGAUCUGACAUUUGUAUCGCCAGUAUCCAAGGUGGAGGUGGCAGCAGAUCGUGACGAUCCCACCAAAUUUUUCUUAAAUCUUAAGCCAGACGACGUGGAUGACAUUGAAGGGCAAAUGAGCUUUACGAACGAGCGCAUCAUGAAGUUUCUGAAUAGCUCACGGAUGCUAGAAAUCACGGCAGAUUCACUGAACGAUCUGUUGCACGUGCACGACGACCAUAUCGAGCAGCGGCAAACGCAGUGUGUCUUCUUCAUAAAGCAGAAUGUGGGCGAACACUUGGUGCACUACUUGAAGGUCAUUAGCAGGACUACAGUCCAUACUUUUGACAUUCAUUAGUUAUAUUGGAAGGUCCUCGUGUCGUGUUGUACAAUGGUUAUCUUAAGGAGCUUUGCGUCUUGUGCAAAAGCCAGUCCUUUUCUGGCAUCUGACUGAAAAUUUUUAAAUAAAAAAGACACUUCAAUUGAAGACCUCUCUGGCUGUCAUAUCACAAUAAUCAUUCGCACCUCCGAUUUGGCUUCAGUUCAGCUGGACAAAAAACAAAAAAAAAAAUUACGCCAAGUAUUUUGUGAGAGUAUAUACAUAAAACAUGUAUUAUAUGUAUUUGAAAAAACGGAAAAAUUAAUUUUGAAAACUAAAGUUGUAAUCCACUGAGCUGACAAAUAAAUGGAGCAAAUUUUCUAUGAA